AUGGCGAGUCUACUUGACUCACUGACAACAAGAGGCUUCUUCUCUAUUCCCUCUGUUUCUAGGAUUUCUUCUUCUUUAGCCUCUUCAUCUUCGUUUGCUUCUUCUUCGAUUGUCCCAUCCUUUUUACCUCCCUCCGUUCUGUCUUGCUCUCACCAACAGUCGCAUUCUCGCUUCCCUUUCCCAGUUGCAGCAGCUCUGGAUGGUCCCUCCGCUGAAGACGACCUAGAAUUAGAGGAAUCCGAGGAAGUUUCUGAAGACAGUUACGCGGAUGAUUCGGAUGACGAAGACCUCUCCCUCGAUAUCUCCAUUCUGGAAAAAGAAGCGAGAGAUAUCGCCAGAGACUACGCUACUACUUUGUCUCGCGAACUCAAACUCGAGGAUGAGGUGAUUGAAGGGAAGGAAACACGUAGAAAGGGGAAAAGGCAAGCCAAAAAUACGCAGAUACCGGAGCAUUUCCUCCAAAGAGUCGCCAUAGUUGGAAGGCCCAAUGUCGGAAAAUCAGCAUUGUUCAACCGUCUCGUUGGGGAGAAUAAAGCAAUUGUAGUGGACGAACCUGGAGUGACGAGGGAUCGGUUGUACGGAAGAUCCUACUGGGGUGAUCAAGAGUUUGUAGUGGUGGACACAGGAGGAGUCAUGACUGUCUCAAAGUCGCCAGCUGGUGUCAUGGAAGAGCUCAACGUGUCAACCACCAUUGGCAUGGAAGGUAUUCCACUGAGCUCGAGGGAGGCAGCUGUUGCGAGGAUGCCUUCCAUGAUUGAGAAACAAGCUACAGCGGCUGUCGAAGAAUCAGCUGUCAUUGUUUUCGUCGUCGAUGGCCAGUCAGGGCCUACAGGUGCUGAUGUGGAAAUUGCAGACUGGUUGCGGAAGUACUACUCACAUAAGAACAUCAUCCUCGCGGUCAACAAAUGUGAAUCACCACGUAAAGGACUCAUGCAGGCCUCCGAAUUUUGGUCCCUAGGGUUUUCACCUAUCCCUAUUUCUGCAUUGUCGGGAACCGGAACAGGAGAGCUGCUUGAUCUUGUCUGUUCUGGACUAAAUAAACUCGAGAUCAUGGAGAACAUUGAAGAGGAGGAAGAAGAAAACUACAUUCCUGCCAUUGCAAUUAUAGGCCGGCCAAAUGUUGGCAAGAGUAGCAUUUUGAAUGCACUUGUCCGAGAGGAUAGAACAAUUGUUAGCCCUGUUAGUGGCACUACCCGUGAUGCUAUAGACGCAGAAUUUACCGGACCAGAUGGGGAGAAGUUUAGGCUUAUAGAUACGGCUGGGAUCAGGAAAAAGGCAGCUGUGGCUUCAUCAGGCAGCACUACGGAGGCCCUGUCAGUGAAUCGUGCAUUCCGAGCAAUUCGUCGUUCUGAUGUUGUUGCUCUUGUUAUUGAAGCCAUGGCAUGCAUAACAGAGCAGGAUAUGAAGAUUGCAGAAAGAAUAGAGAGAGAAGGGAAAGGAUGUCUGGUGGUUGUAAACAAAUGGGAUACAAUACCAAACAAAAACCAACAGACCGCAGCUCAUUACGAGGACGAUGUUCGUGAGAAGCUCCGUUCCCUCAAAUGGGCACCCAUUGUUUACUCAACUGCAAUCAAAGGCCAUAGCGUUGACAAUAUUGUGGUUGCUGCUGCGACGGUUCAAAAGGAAAGAUCAAGAAGACUUAGUACCGCUAUACUGAACCAAGUGAUAAGAGAAGCGGUUGCAUUUAAAUCCCCUCCAAGAACCCGAGGUGGCAAACGAGGCCGCGUCUAUUACUGCACCCAGGCAGCAAUAAGGCCACCGACGUUUGUGUUCUUUGUAAACGAUGCAAAGCUGUUUUCGGAUACGUACAGAAGAUAUAUGGAGAAGCAGCUACGCACUGAUGCAGGCUUUGCUGGGACUCCUAUUCGUCUUCUUUGGCGCAGCCGUAAAAGAUCUGACAAAAAUGGAGGAGGUGGAGGAACAAUGAGGAUGUCAGGUCUUACACGUGAGAGAAAUCUUGCAACCAAGGGGGCAUAAUUAACGGGAGAUGUAAAUUUUGUUUAAUUGUGAGUAACAAAUGUAUUGAAAAACAAUCACUAUCAAAAAAUGUUUUGCUUCUCACUAACAUCAAGCGUGUAGUGUCUAAAAACAAAUCUUACUAUAACCUCUUGAUAAAUUAUAGGAACUUACAUCAACAUAUCACAUCUUUGUGUUUUCUUAGUCUCAAGUUGGUAAAAUGAAAAUGACGAAAACAAGGUAACAUAGACGGUGAAGUUUCUAGUAAAGCUGCUCUUUCUUUUCGUGCCACCAUCUCCACCAGUAAUAGUCCCAACGAGGACGGACUUUGGUCAUGCGGUUGUCGUCGGAAGGAUGAUAAGGAUGAGCGGCGUGGCGAGUGUUGUGGAAGGCGCAGCAACCGGCGGCGUAGACGGCGAUGAGGAGGACGAGGACGAGAAUGUUGACGACCGACAACUUUCUCCAGUCAAGACGGAUCUCCUCGAGAACACCAGCCUUGCACGCAUCGCACUCGUAGCAUAACAUCUCGAUUCCGUUGUUCCAUCUGAAGCAAUCCUCUCCUCCUUGUACUACUCCGACCUCGUACGUACACGCCGUCGGUGGCUUACAACAUCCCGACUACAUAUGACAUGUCCUGUUGGAAGUAAUCAAGUGUAGUCCAAGUUUCAAUCCUAGCACAAGUCUUGGAGGUCAAGAUACAGCUUCUAAUGGAGUUCCAAUACUCAGGAUCUCUAACUCUCUCUCUCAGCCAUGGAUGAUAGUCUCCAAGCCUAUACUCUUUAUAGACCCUCCCUGGUACUUCCACACCACCUCCUUGGCUCGUCACCACCAGACCAAACAGCGUUAGACCCAUUAGAGUCGCGAUGAGGAAGAUCAUGACCACUAAGUACACCCAAAGGGCCCAUGCCACGUUGAAACAGGCUCCUAUGAAACCCGCAAGCGAUACUAAGAGUAUGAUGAAUCCUAUUACGAGCAGCGGCGUCUGAAGGAAGUUUUCGCAAGUCGUGCUGCUUCUUGCCUUCCAUAGAGCGGUUCCUAUGAUUGGUAUCGAAGCUAGUAAGCUGAGGAGGUUUAAAACCCCAAUCACUGUGUUGCUGAAUCUGUACAUAGUGAUGUUAUCAAGAAGAAACCAGAGACUUAACAGUGUCUUGUCUAUAUCUCUCUCUCUCUUCAGUAAACAGAUUAAUUCUCUUCUUGCAAUGUGAAUUUCAUCAGCUUUAUCUUACAAUCUUCUUCUUUUUUAGAUAUUAUAUUGCUUAACUCUGCUUUUUGCUUUUGAUUCUCUC